AAACCACCGGUUUUGAUACAACCGGAACAAAUUCUUACGUCUGGGCUUACAUAAGCACACACUUCUCCAACCAGAUCGCGCUCGCUGCGAAAUUUCCCUCCUUUUUCGAAUGAGCUGGUUUCUUCGGUUUUGUGGUUUGUUGUUUUUUUUCUAAAGGGGAUCGAGGAAAUUUGGAAUUGAACAGAACAUCAACAACGUCAACCCAGAAAAAAGACACGACACCGGGCGGUUAAAACAGAGAAAUCAACAACAAUAACAGCAACAGCGGCAACAAGAACCACAUUUGUUGCGUAAUUCAUCACAGCUUUCCAAAGAUACCGAGUCAGGAGAUUAAGCGCUGUGGUCAAUUCCCGUUUGUGUGUGUUUGAAGCGUUUUAUAAGGAAACAAAGAGAAAAGCUCCCACGGAGUCGCUGUGCCCCCCUUUUGAUUUAAGCCGAGUUUAAAAACCAUGCUGUUGGACGUUAAAAAACAAUUCAGCUCGCGUACCGCCAGGGUGAAAGGGAUCGAUUUCCACCCAACGGAGCCUUGGGUAUUAACGACUCUGUACUCUGGGCGCGUGGAGAUCUGGUCGUAUGAGACAGGCGCAAAGAUCAAGUCGAUCGACGUCACUGAGGUGCCGAUCCGUGCCGGCUGCUUUGUCGCUAGAAAGAAUUGGAUUGUUGUCGGUGCAGAUGAUUUCCAAGUUCGUGUUUACAACUUCAACACUGGUGAGAAGAUCACACAGUUCGAGGCACAUCCAGACUAUAUCCGUUGCAUUGCAGUACACCCAACCCGUCCUUACAUCCUCACUUCUUCUGACGAUGGAACGAUCAGAUUGUGGAACUGGGAAAACAAUUGGAAGUUGGAACAGGUGUUUGAAGGCCACCAGUACUUUGUCAUGUCGUUGGCUUUCAACCCAAAGGAUCCAAACACUUUUGCAUCUGCAUGCCUGGAUCACACAGUGAAGAUUUGGUCAUUGGGUAACAGCACUCCAAACUUUACGUUGAACGCACACGAGACUAAAGGUGUCAACUACGUUAGUUAUUACCCUCAGGCCGACAAACCUUAUUUGAUCACUUCGUCUGAUGAUAAGACAGUCAAGAUUUGGGAUUAUCAGACAAAGUCUUGUGUUGCCACAUUGGAAGGACACUCUGCAAACGUUUCAUUUGCAAUCUUCCACAGAGAAUUGCCAAUUAUCAUCUCUGGUUCUGAAGAUGCAACUAUAAAGAUUUGGAACGCAAACACCUAUAAGCUUGAAAAGACCUUGAACUACGGGCUGGAAAGGGCAUGGUGUGUCGCUUCACACCCAUCAUCAAACUCAAUCGGUGUUGGUUUUGACGCUGGUUUUACCGUGUUGCAGUUGGGUGACGACGAACCACGUUUGUCCAUGGACCCAGUCGGUAAGAUCAUCUGGUCUAAACAUAAUGAGGUUUUCAGCUCAGUUAUCAAGGGGACUGAAGGCGUUGAGGACGGUGAAACUUUGCCUUUGUCAGCAAAGGAUCUCGGUGCUGUUGAGGUGUUCCCAUCAUCUCUGAAACAUUCUCCAAAUGGUCGUUUCGUUACAGUUACAGGUGAUGGUGAAUACAUAGUUUACACCGCACUUGCAUGGAGAAACAAGGCUUAUGGCUCUGCAAACGAUUUUGUGUGGGCCCAUGACUCGAACUUGUAUGCAAUCACAGAUUCACAGAACAGAAUCUCCAUCCACAAGAACUUUAAACCAAAGACCAAUGGUGAGAUUGAUUUCGUUUACGGAGUGGAAAAGCUGUACGGUGGUGCAUUACUAGGUGUUAAAGGUGAUGGAUUUGUCAUUUUCUACGAUUGGGAAUCUGGUGAGAUCGUUAGAAGAAUUGAUGUCGAGGCAACAGAUGUUAUCUGGUCUGAAUCGGGUGAAUUGGUCAUGAUCACUAGUGCAGAAACAUCAUUCGUUCUGAAAUUUGAUAGAGAUCUUUUCGUCGAAGCUUUGCAAAACAAUACCGUUGAUCCAGAAGAAGGUGUUGAGGAGAGUUUUGAUCUCUUGUAUGAUGUUAGCGAGACCAUCACUUCUGGUAAGUUUGUCGGUGACGUCUUCAUCUUUACCACAAACUCGAACAGAUUGAACUACCUCGUUGGUGGUAAUGUGUACAACAUUGCCCACUUUGAAAAGCCAAACUACCUUUUGGGUUACUUGGCGCGUGAUAACAGAGUUUACGUUUCUGACAAGGAUAUCAACGUUAUGAGUUACCACUUAUCCCUUUCUGUGCUUGAGUACCAAACCUUGGUGCUAAGAGGAGAAAUUGAACAAGCUAAUGAAGAAUAUUUGGGUGCUGUGGAAAAGGAGGAUCUGCUGAAGAUUUCCAGAUUCUUGGAAGCUCAGGAGUAUUUGCAAGAAGCUCUUGAGAUUUCCCCAGAUGAGGAACAGAAGUUUGAAAUUGCGUUGAAACUUCGUGAUUUCACCACUGCACACGCAAUUGCCUCAAAGGACAGCAAUGCACACAAAUGGAAAUCACUCGGUGAUUUAGCGCUCACUUCUUUCCAAUACAACUUGGCUAUUGAGUCAUUUGAAAAAGCUGAAGACAUUGAAAGUUUGUUCCUAAUAUACACCUCCCUGAACCUCAAAUCUGAACUUGGAAAAUUGGCACAACACGCAAAGGCCAAAGGCAAGUUCAACAUUGCAUUUAAUUCUUACUGGAGUAAUGGUGAUCUUGCCAGUGCUGUUGAAUUGCUGAAUUUUAGUGAUAGACCAGUAGAAGCCUCUGUGCUUGGGUUCAACUAUGGUGUGGAUGUUACCAAGUCAAUUGAUUUGUGGAAGACAGAUUUGAAAUCAUCGCAGAAGCCAGCUACUGCUGAAAGAAUCUCAAUUCCAGGUGGGGCCCUUGUUGACCUAGAUGGAGAUGAUGACGACGAACCUGUUGAGGUAAAUGCUGAAGAUGUUGAAGAAGAGAAAGAGCAGGAAACAACGGCCAUUGAGGAGGAGAAGCCAGCCGUCGAGAAUGAGGUUGAAGCUGCUGAAGAAGAGGAGGUUGAGGCUGAUGAGUAACACUUGACGAGCGAGGAAGAGCAACAUUAUACACUUCUGUACAUGUUAGAACAUCAAAAUGAAAUAAAAUAAACAACG